AUGGUGUCUCUUGCUGACCUUAGUGGGAAGCUUGGCCAAUUUAUUGGCCAAAGUGACGCUGUUACCAAAGCAAUUAAUGAUGCUAUUACAGCUAUUAUUAACAGUCAUGAUGAAUUCAAAAGCCUUAGAAACUCUCCGUCUUCGCCUGCGCAGUCUUCUGGUUCCGUGCCUGCUGAGCUUAUAAAUGUUGCUGAGCUUCUACAGAAAAUUCAGCAUUUUAAGAAAGAAAUUGCGUCACUUGAAAAACGUAAAAGCGACCAAAAUCCUUCCCUCUCCUCUGAAGAUUCUCGCCUUUUAUCCUCUCAUCAGUCCAAGUUGCAGUCUCUUCAGAGGCUGAAGAGCCUUAAUGAGUCUUUUGAAUCUCUUAGUAAUAAUAAUGAUAACUGUAAAAAUCUUUUAGAGAGUCUUUGUGGAGGCCUCGAAAAAUUUCUCGGCCUCAAAGAUGGUAAUUACACCGGAGAGGGAAUCGUGUACUCGGACCUUGACAGGCUGGCCGACGGGGUGAUGUCUUUCCUUCAUGGAGUUCUUGAGAGUGUGAAAGAUGAUGAUAACGUUACGAAAUAUGAUAAUUAUCUUAAUACAAAUGAGAAAUUGAAUGAUGUCCUUCAACAUCUCCACUCUUCCAUUGGCCAGGGACGCAGUGUAUUUGGUCCGCAGGUCACUGCGGUGAGUGAUUGGCUUGGGAGGUAUGAAGGGGAGGUGAACAAGAAAUGUGAAGAGUUUAAGAAGCCUAUUACAAUCCUAAAGGAAGAGAUGAAAAAGCAUCAUGAUAAAAUACAGGAAGAAAAAGAAUUUAAUGAGCUUUCAUAUUUGGUGAAGGAGUGGACCCACCGUGCGCAGUGGUAUAUUGAUAGAGCUAAGGACGCCGAAAACGCCCUAAAAAACAUCGAUCCCGCACUGUCAGGUAAGUUAACUUCUCAUAUUAAAAUGCUGUUGCAGGCAACUGGAACGUUCAAGGAGGCGGCGGGGAAUGAUGAUUUGAAGGAGAUGUUCAUGUAUGCCGGCGCGAAGAUGUCUGCCGUUGUUGAAUUUGUGGAUGUAAAUUUUCGGGAGAAAUCUGCAUGGCUUCAGCAAUAUUUGCGAAAAAAUCUCGGUGAUUUGCUGAAGAAGCUUGAGGAUUUGCGUACUGGCAAAUUUAAGACGUUAGCUGAUUCAGUUAACAAGGAUCUUUUGGGGGCAUUCAGCAAGGUGAAACAAGGGAUCAAUGGUCUUGUUCCAAAGUAUAGGACGGAUGUUGUUGACAAGGUUAGAGAUAUAAAAAAUGCGUCUGACGAUUUUAAUAAGAAGUUUCCGGUGACAAGAAAUGCGCUCGAGAAGACGAUUACGGAAGUUGAGACUCAACUCGGUAAUUUUGCUAAGCUUGCUCGUGUUUCAAAUGCUGCAGGUCUCGCGGUCACCGCGCCAUUUUUGACUGCGAUUGGUAACGAUGAUGAUGACGAUGAACCAUUUCAAGGUCUCACAACGUAUUUUGUCCUGCUUGACCAACAAGUUAUGCAACAUGUAAAGGAUGCAAUGGAUGGCAUAGGAAAUGUCUUGAAGAAUUUGGUGCCCUUCAGUCAGGGAAACGCAUAUGUAAAAGCGGAGGGACAAAAUAUUAAAAAAGCAAAUACGGCGCUGCAAAAACUAAAAGAAAUGACCGUGUCUCUGGACGGUUUUAAGAUUGGCGAUCAGGAUAUUGAGGUCAAAUUCGUCGAACUUAACCAUUUGAAAAUGGAGAGUGAAAUUGGGGAGAUUAAGGCAGCAGUGGAUGAGUUUGAUAGGGAUGCGUACAAAGUCAUACUUCCAUUCAAAACAAUCUAUCCCAAAUUAGUGGCAUUCACCAAAGACGUCUCGGAGCACUCCCAACAGGUUGUAGAAAAACUCAUGGAGAAAAUCGAGAGUCAAGUUAAAAUGGAGAUCAAGGCUGUUGCAGGGGCUAUCGAAGCUAUGGUUACGCAGAUUAAAAAAGGUGUGAAUCACGAUACUGACGACAGGGACGUUGAUUACGGUAAUUAUGGCGGCGGCAGCCAGACCGCCGCCGGGCUCGCAAAAUUGGUGAAUACUUUUAAAGCGGAUAUUGACGGUGCGCUCGCAACGCUUGAAGAGAGUGUCGGUAAGGAGGAUCAAACGAAAGACGGCGAUAGUAUUUACUCAAAUUUGAAACAGCUUAGUGAGGACGUUCAAAGGCUUGGACAGAGUGUUGCCGACGUGCGGGAUAAAGUAAAAUCCGUUGGCAACCAGCUCAGCGUUUGCAUUGCUCAGGCAGAGAGACUCAUAACUGCUGCGCCUCAAAGGACUGCAUCUGUCUUUACACAAUUGCGCUCCGACGUCAACUCCAAAAUCAACUCCGCCUUUACCGCCCUCCAAACCCAAGCCAAAUCCCUCUACACCGACCGCAAGACAAAGGAAGUCACCGCCCUGCAGAAGAUCGUUGACGAACAGUUUAAGGAGAUUGAGAAGAUUAUAAACGCUGACAAGAUUCUCGGCCUUAAAGGGUAUCUCAAUAAAUUGAAAGAGAAAUUCAUGCCCUCCGUCAAUGAGUUUGCUCAGAGCCUAUCUUCACCCCCAGAGCCACAAGAAAAGAAAAAGCUUGCCGACUUGGCGCCGAAGGUCAAAGAAGGCUUCGAAAAUUUCUUCAAAGAUUUGCAAGGACAGGGCGAUUUGACAAUUCUCUCCCUUCGCUUUGCAAAGUUAUCUGAAAAAUUUAAUGCUUUACUUAGCCCGCUUACCCACUAUAACCAUGCCUUUACAAAUAAUUUAGAGACACUUAAAAAUGAAGUUUAUAGUUUAUGUCAGUUGAUAUUAGCCAACAACGCUCAGAAAGUCUCCCUGAGUCUCAGACAAGGACUCGACAAAUUCACCGAGGAGCUCACGAAGGCGUAUGUGAACGUGUACGACGGCGGUUAUAGAAUCAACUGGAGUGACGAAACCGAAACAAUCUACGGUGCCAAAAUAUUCUGCACAAUCUCACCGAUUUGGCUUGAUGACCUAACUCGGCUGAGGAGGAAGUGUAGGCCGGGGGGAUUGUGGAAAGAAAAACUAAUUAAUACGUCUAUCGAAGAUGCAAAUCACAACGGCGUUAAUCCACUUGGUGCCUUCCUACACAAAUGUGGAUACAUUGUUUCAAGAGAGAAGCAAGAUGGCGAAUUGCGGAAUAACAAUGAGUGCAAAGGUGAACACAUUUACGAGCUUCUCAGAAGAGAUUCAAGUUAUCUCGUUAGAUCGCAUGACGAACAGAAUGACGCAAGUAGUGCAAGUUUGCGUGGUAUCCUCAGAACACUCUGCGACUACAUCAAGCAUUACUACGAAGCUUGCCACCUUCCCACUAUAACAUCACCUAAAUAUCCUGCUUCCGUCCAUCAGAUGCUCACGUGGCUCACAGGCCUCCCUCACAAUCCCGUGUAUGACUCAUUAGCACUCGACGGCUUCGGUGCCCUGUUUGAGAAGCCUGACAAGGGCGCCGAAAGUAAUGAUGCAGCCGAUCCCCUUGUUCUAGAGACAGACGACGACAUAUUGCCUGCGUACCCUCAAGACAUCACUGCGAAUAGCCUACGAAGCAUUCUCUCAGAGGUGUGCUACUACGCCGAAGAAACAUUGAUUGCGAUCCUUGGCCACGGCCACUCGGGCGGAAUGUACGCCUGCGACUAUAACACUAACUCAGCAAAAUUGACAUACCCAAGUGACGCAUCUCAAUGUUUAUAUUUAUUGGUAGAAAUAGUGAAUAGGGUGUUCCAUCAGCUGUGUUUCCUGCAAAACCAGUGUACCUACGAAAGCGAUAUUAGUGGUUGGGCCGACUGCUGGUAUGGUAAGCAUGUCGGCGGAUCUAACUGGAGAUGCAACGACUUGCAGUGUCCUAGGCAAAUGGCUGACCAAAGAGGUGACCAAACGUGUAACCAAAAGUGUAACCACCAGCCUAACUGCGGCAUUAAGUCACCACUCCAAUCGUUCCUCGAAGAUGGUUUGCCUGGUUUCCUGCCGCAUCCGUUCGACAAACCCGAUUGCAAAAUGACCUGUUCCCUUGCUAAUCACAGAGGCAUUCCGUGCAAAACGCCAAUGGGAUUCGGGGACAUUAGUGUUGCAGCGUCUCAUACCGAGAAGGGUGAACGCUUAUACGCUGUACUUGACGAUUUCUGUGGCGAUGCAGAUAAGCCGCUUAGCAAACUUUGUGGUUCUUUGGCGUGCCUAUUGACUACGCCGCCGAAAACACUAGGUGACAUGUUCUCGUUCUACCACCAAUUCCUUAACGGGUGGAACGGCAGUGGCAUCCACAGGAGGGGAGCAUUUGAACAAGCCGUUACAAGAGCCAACUUCGAAGCACAGGGGACGGACUUGGACGUUACUCCAAUAUUCCAGAGCAGGGAUCAUACAGGCAACUCAACAACCCAUGCUAACGGUGACCUGUUCAUCCUAGUCAGCUGCAACGGUGGGAGCGCAACGCUGGAUCCAAUCGGUACCUGUGGACCGUAUCUGAAACCGCUUAACGACGAUACCCGCGGUAUGUUUUCCGAGAAACACGCAGACAAAUAUCUGUCUUGGAUCGUCUAUCUGACUGAAACCUUUUACGAUUUGCUCUAUAAAUUGCUGGAAGAUUGCAAAAAGAAAUGCGGAUCACCGGCAUCCAGAUGCAACCGCGAGACAUGCGUGAAGGAUUGCCGUGCUGUAAUAACCUCUACAAAAAGCCCAUCUUCAAAUCACGAGACGUUAUGCAAAUCUAUUGUCCAGUGCAAUGCAGCACUUCCUAACCUUUACAAAUAUGGCUUCUAUUAUGGAAGCUCAACCGAUCUGAAUGGAACGUACGGAGAUGAAAAUAAAAGAACCUGUCAAGACUUUUGCAAGGCAUUAGAUAGAGUUCUCAACAAAGAAAAACAUCUCGAACGUGCACUUGCCAAGCUAAUAUACGUCACCAUACCAGAUUUCCUUUGGGCUAUCAGAACACCCUUCUCCUACCUGUUGCUAGCCCUCUGGUCGCUGUCGCUCCUGUACCUGCUGCACAUCGCCGUCGUCCGCCUCGACGUCCUGAGGAUUCGCUCGCACCUGAGAUCACCCUCAAGCCACCGCAUCGCCGCGCAGUCGCUCCUCGCCGCCGCACGCGUCAAGGCACUCGCCAACGUCAAGUACUUCUCACCGUAA